AAGGGAUAUAAAUACGGCACACCGGCGUUUAAAAACAAAACGCCCAUUAUUUGAGAUUUUUUUAGGUUCGUCGUGUCGUGGCAGUUUUACACGUAAACAGCUUCGUUCCUUAUUACCUAAUUUCAUAUUUAACCGUGUUCUAAAAAUGCCUUUACCAGACACACUAAUAAAUUUAUUCAAGAAAAUCGACGAGAAUAAGGCGAAAUAUAUAACCAAUUUAAAAGAUGCCGUGGCCAUCCAGUCUGUCUCUGCGUGGCCCCACAAAAGGGACCAAAUACGUAAAAUGGUAGAAUGGACUGCCGAAAGGUGCAACAACCUAGGAAUCAAGACUGAAAUCAAAGAACUGGGUAACCAGAAACUGCCGAAUGGUACCGAGAUCCCUUUACCCCCUGUACUGUUUGGGACUUUAGGUAGCGAUCCCUCAAAGAAAACGAUCCUUAUUUAUGGUCAUUUAGACGUCCAGCCAGCAUUAAUAGAAGACGGUUGGGACUCGGAGCCCUUUGUAUUGACCGAAAAGGACGGUAAAUUAUUUGGUAGGGGAUCGUCAGACGAUAAAGGCCCCGUUCUGGCUUGGUUACACACUCUCGAGGCAUACAAGCAAAUUGGUGUUGACUCCCCAGUAAACAUAAAGUUCGUUUUUGAGGGAAUGGAGGAAAGUGGGAGUGUCGGACUGGACGAACUGUUAUACAAAGAAAAGAAUAAGUUUCUAAGCAACAUCGACUACGUUUGCAUCUCUGAUAAUUAUUGGCUGGGUACCGACAUGCCUUGCGUGACGUACGGCUUGAGAGGGGUCUGCUACUUCCACAUCGAAGUCGAGUGUGCAGCUAAAGACUUGCACAGCGGGGUCUUCGGAGGCACUGUGCACGAGGCUAUGACGGAUCUGGUCUACCUCCUCAAUACCCUAGUUGACAAGGACGGGAAAAUUAAAAUCCCCGGCAUUUACAACGAAGUGGAACCCCUGACGGACAAGGAGAAGGAAAUUUACACAAAAAUUCACUUUAACGUCGACUCGUACCGUUCCGACGUCGGCUGUAAAACGUUGCUGCACAAGGAGAAGAAAGAGGACCUUCUGAUGCACCGUUGGAGGUAUCCGUCGUUGUCUCUUCACGGGAUCGAGGGAGCGUUCAGCGAGCCCGGCCAGAAGACCGUCAUUCCUAGGAAGGUCAUCGGGAAAUUCUCGAUUAGGAUCGUGCCGAAUCAGACGCCCAGCCUUAUUGAAAAGUAUGUCGUGGAUCACGUGGAGAAAAUAUUUAGAGAGCACGGAAGUCCAAAUAAACUGAAGGUGUACAUGGCGCAUGGAGGUGCGCCCUGGAGGGAAGACCCCUUCCAUCCACAUUACACAGCUGCCAUUAAGGCUACAAAGCACGUUUAUAAGGUCGAUCCCGACUUGACCCGUGAGGGUGGUUCGAUACCCGUGACGUUAACGUUCCAGGAAGUUACUGGAAAAAACGUCCUUUUACUGCCGGUGGGAGCAGGAGAUGACGGCGCGCACUCGCAGAAUGAGAAAAUUAACAUUAGGAACUAUAUCGAAGGCACCAAGUUAUUGGGUGCAUACUUAUACGAAGUGUCCCAGUUGUAAGACAAAAGUGGGUAAACUUGGGGAUAUGUGCUUUAUAUUUUUUUAAUACUUUAUUUUUUAUUAUGGCUAAAAUGGAUUAAGGAAUUAUAUAUUAUAUUUU